CUUGAGUCAGAGAAACCAUGUCAGAGAUAAAUGCAGAGCACUGUUUGUUAUGAAGAAUCUACAGGCGCUGAAUUUGUUGCCAAUUUUGGCUCUGGCAAAUUUGUUCAUCAAAAUAAGUGGAUCAGUGUCUCUUCGCCCAGUGCUUACUGGUCGUGACAAGGCCUACCUCAACUCAAGGGUGUUAUUCCAGUGUGUUGUACCUGACUCCUCUCUUAAAACCACCUUUGAGUUGAUAAAGGACGGAGGGCUCUUGAUUGACAAAAAGACUAAUGACCAAGGGAACCAAACUGCAUCGUUCUACCAAAAGGUCACUACGACAUCAGAAGGGUCGUACCACUGCAAGGCAAAGACAGGGGAAGGCACAGGAAUCAGCAACAGCAUCAGGUUUAGUGCAGUCACUCCAGCAUCAAAUACCAGAGUUACCUCUGUGCCCUCCCCCGCUGUUGCGUUCGAGGGCUCGCGCAUUGUCCUGAGCUGUGACACAAAGGGCUCCCACCUGUCCUACACGUGGUUUUUCAACAGGAAGGAAAUAACAUCUUCAACCUCGUCUUUACUGAAUGCCACUGGGAACAAGCUAGUGAUGGAGAGGGUGACUCCAGGGCAUGCUGGGUACUAUUAUUGCAUGGCUUGGUCCAUCGCGUACAACACAAAGAGGUUUUCCUCCAGCGCAGAGGUCAAGGUGGAGAUCAAAGUCUAUGUUUCAACACCAAGAAUCUCCUUUUCCAUCUUCAAAGAGGGAGACAGAUACCGUGGCAAUGUGACCUGCUGGUCAUCAAGAGGGACUCCUCCAGUCAACUUCUCUCUGUCAUUAGAUGACAGGGAAGAGGGAUCUGUCAUAGUAGCUGAAUCCCUUGCUGCCUGGUUCCUUGUUCCCAUGGAACUCAACCUGGACAUGGGCGUGGCUCGAUGUCGGGUGAAAAAUGAGGUGCAGGAGUUGUUGAGUGAGCCUUUGACUCUGGAAGUGGUCCCAGUCGGAGGUGAUGUAAAAGUGGAAGUUGAACAUCUUUACAGAAGUGACUUUGGACUGGCUGGUGCCAGACUGAGCUGCCAAGUAAGCAGAGGAACUUUUCCUUAUGUCACUUGGCUUUUGAACGACUCUGCUCUUCUUCCUGAGACCCAUGAGGACUCCCAUAUUCAGCCUGUCCUGCCUCACUAUACCCUUGUUGACCAUAGACGAACCCUCAUUCUGACUGAGCUCGGCCCAGAGGUGAUUGGGUAUUACCGCUGCAGGGCCAGGGACAGCUUUGAUGACUCUGGUGCCUGGGUGGAGAGUGCAUCCGUCCCGCUCCGAGUAACAGACAGGGUCCUUAACUCCAUGCCACGAGCAACAUCUGCCACUGAAACACCACCAAAGGUUUUCAUGGUAACCAUAGAGGUCAUCGCCAUAAUAUUCUGCUGCUUCCUUCUUCUCACUCUGGCAGCGGCAGUAGCCUGUGUGUACAGGAAGUUUGGCCGCGAGCAAGCUCAUGCCCACAGUGCUACAACAAAUCCCAGUCCGGAUACACUCCCUCUCUCUGUAACCGUGUUUCAGUCAGGAGGAAGUCAGGCCAAUACUUCAUCUGUCGAACUUUGCUCUUCUUCAGCGUAGUGAACUACAAGAAGUGGCGCAACAGUUACAUUCUGCAACAUGCACUCUUGACCAACUGAAUUGUUCAAAAAAUGUUUUUAGGUGUUUUUUUGUUUUUUUCCUGGGAAAUAUUCUUGAAAAGGUUGUAUACCAACAAUUAUAUGUAUCUGUCAUAUAACAUCAUCUGUUUAAUGUUUACCCCUCUGGUUUCAGAGUUAACCAUAGAACAGAAACUACCCUGGUCAGGGUUGUUAACAAUCUUAAAGUUCGCUCAGACAACCAUAAAGUCUCUUUUCUUGUACAUCUUGACCUUAAGAUAAGAUAAGAUAUUCCUUUAUUAGUCCCACAAUGGGGAAAUUUGCAGACCUUAGUGCUGCCUUCAACACAGGCGACCAUAUAAUUCUUCUUCAGCACCUACAACAGUGCUUUGGCGUUAGAGGCAUAGUUCUUAAUUAGAUUUCUUCCUUUCUUAUGGAAGAUCUUUUUAUUUUUCAAUUGGUAACUUUGAAUCAAUUGUCUGCCCUCAAGGGUAAAUUCUGGGUCAACUGUUGUCUAAUUUGUAUACCCUCCCCCCUUGGGCCCAUCAUUUAACAAUACAAUAUUUCAUAUCACUCAUGCUGAUGACACACAGUUAUACAUACAUGGUUUUGAGGCACCAAAUUCACUCUUUGUUAACUCCCAUGUAGCCAAAACCUGAGCAAAGCAGUGAAGACACUUUUAACUUCUCCUCACCGGCUUACGGUAAAACAACAGAUUGGUUAAAAAAAAGCUUGUUAUUGCUUUGAAAUCUAUAAAUGGCUCCUUCCUCCAUUGCUGGCAUGCCCACUGAGUCACACCAGACAGAUCCCUUAGAUCAUCAAGCAAAAGUCUCCUCACCAGGAAUACAUUAUAGAUCAGUCAUUUUGGUCCAACUCUCUGAAUUCCCUGCCACAUGAACUAUUAUAUAUAACAACUAUAACAGUGUCAAACAGAUUAUCUCUUAUCAAAAGCAUUUAAUUAGGUUUAAAGUAUGUGGUUAAUGGCUAAAACUUUUAUUUUAGAAUCAGUAUUAUUAUUAUGAUUCCUUUUUAAUAAUAAUAAUGAUGAUGAUAAUAAUAAUACCUACUUAUUUUAUUCCUUUUUUUUAUUGUAAUACCUUCUUAAACAUUUUUAUAUAUAAUCCCUUCUUAUCUUAUAUGUUCGUAUCUGAUAUGUUUUUGUCAUGUAUGAUCCUAUUUGCCUUUUUUUCCUCCUUUUUUAUCUUGAAGCACAAGCACACGCCUGUCGUAUGAAAUGUGCUUUAUAAAUAAAAUUGACUUGACUUGAUUCUGAAUACAGUGUCCACAAUCAGGUAGACCUAUACAAGAAUACAAAGCACAUAACUGCACAACACUGCAUAUGAACACAAUGAUUUUAAAUCAGUGAUAGUUUGCUGGUCAACCAAAUAUAUACAAAAUGUGAAAUUUCUCCAGAGGCAUGAAUAUAAAUUUAUGUAAAUGGAGAAUUAAGUUUUUAAUCAAAGAGUAAAUUGACAUUUUGUGAAUAAUGUUUUGGCUUGUAAUGGAGCUGAUUCCAGAUGAAAUCAAGAACUGUUUAUGAAUUCAAUACAAGUAACUAAAUGACCCAAAAAAAACCAAAAAACUGUACUUCUCUUUUCUAUAUAAACAGUUUCAACAUAGUUCCUUCCAUUAAAACCUUUUAGGAAAUUGUUUGGAAAUCACAGACAUGUGAGAUAAAGUUUUAACUACUAUCCUCCAGAAACUUUAUAUCUACGAACCUUUCAGGAAAUUUUAAAAACUCAAUUUCUGUUCAAUGGAAAUUGCUUGUUGCUCUGUUUUGAAUAAUAUCAGAAACCAUCUGAAGACGACAUCAUAACUUUUCUCCCAUUUUCUGCUUUACACCUGAGAGAUCACAGGAUGACAAAUAGUAGAGCUCACACCUCUCUCCAAAGUGUUCACCUUUUAAUGCACAUUGCCAUUAUUCAAUUUCAUAUCUGCACUUAUUUUCUGUCGUUCUGCAAUUAUUGUUGCCAAGUUGCUUAUGAAAACAUUCAUUUCAAAA